GGAGUAACGCAGCCAACUUCGCGUCAGUUCGCAUACGUACUUUGGUCGUCGUUUGAACGUGUGCGCGUGUCUCUUUGUUUGUCUGUCUGCUACCUUGCGGUGUUUCUCGUCUCGACGUCUCGAUUCGCGCGUGACUCUCGCGUUUCGCGCGUUCCUCGGUGCAGUGUGGUGGUGUCCGGCAGUGGAUCCGGCGAUAGAUUCUUGCACGUUACUUCUUCUUGUCCCGUCGAAAGUGAGACCGACGUGACGCGAUGUCUUCUUUCAAGGACGAUAGAGUGCCGUGCGCCCGGCUCUGCCACAUCGUCAAAUGGGACGAUUUCAACGGUUACGGCUUCAAUCUACACGCGCAGAAGGGCAAGAACGGUCAGUUCAUCGGCAAGGUGGACGAGGGCUCGCCGAGCCUGGCGGCCGGUCUGCGUCAGGGCGAUCGGAUAGUCGAGGUUAACGAGAUCGACAUCGCGAACGAGACUCACAAUCAGGUGGUCGAGCGUAUCAAGGCGUUCGCCAAUGAGACCAAGCUGCUGGUAGUUGACCAGGAAGCCGACGAUUACUUCAGGGAGAACAACAUCGUUAUCAAGGGUACUAUGCAGAACAUCAAAGUGAUCAAGACGCCGGAGAGGAAUCCCAACAGCGUAGAAGAUCGUUCCGAAGGCAGCAACUGCUCCGUUGACGAGAACACGCAAAAGUCAAUCGAUUCUAACGACACGGGGCACAGCGACAGUACCACCGUUGUGCAGACGACGACCGGCGACAAAGAGUCCAACAUGCGGGAAAAUGGCAAUGGCAAUAUGAACCAUGUGCACGGUACGGGUAAUGGCACCCUGGGUGUCGCGGAUGGUGAUGCGAACAACAGCGAGCCUCGAUCCUUGAACCUGACGAUGAGCGCGAAGGAGCUCAGGGAGAUGCUGGCACAGCGCAAAAAAUACGACCCGAAGAAAGAGUCGAUCGGCUUCAAGGAUAAAUUCGACAUCGUGCAGAAACUGUAGACGCGUUCUCGUGCCUCUCUUGUGACUCGGUAAUCCUUCAUUCCUUUAUUCCUUCCUUUUCCGUCGUCAUCGUCGUCGAGCACUCGACGACGACGACGAUGGUUUCCUUUCUAUAAUAUAACACAUUUUGUUGUAACCGAUCAAAUUGUUGUCGUUAUAAUAAAUACACGAUUGUUUAGAUUAUCGUGAAUGUUAAGCAUUGACGUCGAUAUCGUAACAUUAUACAUACAUUUAUUUGCAGCGAGAAACGGUGCUGCGAAGAUUAGAAUAACGAAAGGAGAUAACGCUGUUUGUAUAAGUACAUUGUUAAUUUUUAGUUUAUAUUACUAUUUUUAAUGUGAAGGCGAAUUUACAUGUGCAAUCUUUGUCGCUUCCGCGCCGGAAGUUACGACAGAUUUCAAGUCACCGGUCUAUCAACAUUUAAUAGAACUAUGAAAUACGAAGAGUUAUUUUUUUAAAGAAAAUUCCACAUUUGUCACUUUUUAUUUCAGGUCAUUAAUUUUUUUUAUAACUUAAUGGUUAUAAGUUAGCCCGAAAAUAUUCAUUUUUUCCUGGAGUAACAACUUAGUCUUAAAGAUGUUCCUGUUGUAAUUAAUUACAACACUUCUCGAUUAGUGAAUAAUUAAAUCUCACUCUUUCGAUUAUCCAUGGUGUCGUCAUAUUAAUUUCUAAGCACUCGUCUAUUAAAUUCGGGAGAUUCGUUCGCCACUUCUUCCCACGACUUUCUCCGGCGAGAAUUGAUCUGCGCCGUCCCUUGAUGUAGUAAUAGUCUCGAACGUUACGUCGAUCAUGCGAAUUUUUUUACCGAUAGAAGACGGUUUCUAAUUCCCAGUUGCGCGUGAUUGAGAAAUAAUUUGUGAUAAAUAUUCUCGCCUAUGUAUAUCGACAAAUUGGAAAUUUACCUCGAGACUUCGACAUUUUAUUGAUCAAAAGACCAAAUGUUUAAUUAAUCAUGUUCAAUAAAUCAUAGGAAGUCAACAUAGCGUUCGUAAAUUAAAGUUAUAACGAACGUUUAAUUCGAAAAUAAUGCCUGGUAUCUUGAAGAACAUCUGUCUUCCAUUUUGCUAAUCAGUUCGACUUACCGUUCGAUUUAUUGCAGCUGCUCUCGGUUAAGGCUGUGUAAUGAGGAUUAACAUGGUUGCCAAAACGACAAUUUAAUGUCGACACGCGGAGAAUUCGAUGCGCGCGGAAUCUCUCGAUAAUCGUGCGCGAAGCGUAGAUAAUGUUUGCGUGAUAAUGGCUAAACGACCAUUGCAAAACGUCAACGUUGUAUUCGGAGAUUCAGUUCAUAGUCGCGGCACGACUGUAAGGACUCGCAAGGACGGACGUUCCUCGCGUGCGCGCUGCAACAGGUCUAUGAAAUCAGUCAGUCGCCCGACGCGACGUGCGGUCCAAGGACGAGCGAUCUGGGAGAAAGUACAGCCAGACGUCGGACGAGUCUCAGUUAAUCUCCGUUAUCGAAUUCAGGACGCGAGUUGUUUUUUACGUUGCACGUUGCAACACCGGGCGGAUCAACUCAGGAAUUAAACAUCCAUGAAUUUUAUAAAUUUCAAUGCGUCAUACCUUGUAUAUUGCUCAGGCCCGAUUCGGUAUUUAACGCAGUUAAUUGGAGCACUAAGAUUAAUAUGGGCACAACAAUGCUUGCAUUUUGUGAUUAAAUUUCUCAUUACAAUAAAUAAUUGCACUGAUUAAAUAA